CUGUGGGCGGAAGCGGGCGGGGCGGCUUGGGCUGCGCCUCGUUGUGGGGCGGCCGCGCUGGGACAGGCCCGGCGGAAGAGAUUAUGUGAGCUGCUGCAUUAGUCUUCUAACAUCUUGCACUGGAUACUCAUGGUAUGUCUGAAGGACAGAUCUCUCAUGUGUUCUGAAUGUGCCAGGUUGUCCUCAUGAGUACUCCAGUGGAGAAUGUCCAUGAUCUUCUUUGCCUGUGUGGUGCGGGUGAGGGAUGGCCUUCCCCUGUCAGCCUCCACAGAUUUUCAUCUCAACCAAGACUUUUUGGAAUGCAGAAAGAGGUUAAAGGCAUUAUCCUCAAUCCUGGCACAGUAUCCAAGCCGAGGCACAGCAAAAGGACGUGACCUCAGCAUACAUUUCCUUUCUUCUGGGGAUAUUGCCUGCAUGGCAAUCUGUUCCAGCAAUUACUCAACCAUCAUGGCAUUCUGCUUCCUCGAGGAGCUUCAGUGGGAAUUUGCUGCUUCCUAUGAUACAACAAGCAUCAGUUUAGCUUCCAGACCAUAUGCUUUUCUUGAAUUUGAUAACAUCAUUCAGAAAGUUAAAUGCCAUUUUAACUGUGUGAGGGGCUCUCAAAACAAGGCCAACUGGGAGAAGGUUGAGGAGGAGCUGAAGUUUCACCCCCCAGUUCAGCUGAAACUGGAGGACACAGAGCUGAUGAAUGGGAUGGCCAACGGUGGGCACACAGGCGUUCAUGUGGAGGUUGUCCCUACGUACCGAAUGCAGCCUGUGACUCCCCUGGGCAUUCUGUCGCUUGUUCUGAACAUCAUGUGCGGAGCUCUGAAUCUCAUCCGAGGAGUUCACCUAGCAGAGUAUUCAUUUCAGGAGGACCAUGAAGGAAUUGGAAAUGUGAUAGCUUUUUUCCUGCUUUUUCUAGCCUGUGUUUUUCAGUGUCACUUGUACCUGUUCUACAGCUCCACAAGGAAGAUGAAGACACUUGUACUCUUUGUCUCGGUUUGCUUUUGCAACAUUUACUUGUGUGGGUUACGGAACCUCUGGCAAAUCGCCUUUCACAUAGGAGUGGCAUCUCUUUCUUCUUAUCAGAUCCUGACAAGGCAACUGGUGGAGAAACAGCCUGACUGUGGAGUGUGACAAAGAACUUGGGGUUUGCUACUCUAUUUUUACAACUUUUUUUACAUUAAACUGGCCAAAACUAGGUUGAGGUAUUUGUAAAGCUCUGUGACAACGGUUUUUGCAAGGAGAGUAUUUCAAAGCAACUUGAAGUAAAGUAGGAUUCAGCAAUGAUGUCAAACAUACAGUGAGGAAUGGAGUUGUAUUUAACAUGGCAUGUGGUAAUUGUGCAUGGCAGGUCUUAUCAGGUAUCAUCAGCAGAUGGAGGCUGUCCUUAAAUGGGCUUCUACUCCUUGACUGAUACCAUCUAGACAGCAUUUUGCUGUUUGCCUUACUGGCUUUGUAACAGUUUGGCAAGACACUGACUUGCCCUACCAAUGCUUCUGAAAACAUGAACAUUGUGUAGUAAAAUGCAGAUGAAGUGGGGAGGGGGGUAACAUUUUUGUCUAUGUAAUUUGUCAAGCAUCAAGAUUCUUGAUAAGUGGAAGUAAAGGAGUUGUUUGCCAUGAUUAGAUGAGUUCAAUAUCAGUGGGAAGAAAUUGUUAGGAUGAGCUUCAGGGUAAUUUUUGUAGGUUUUGAAGGAAAGGAAGAGGCUGUGGCUCCUUUAAAGCUAUAAAUAUCUCCUGGCUAAACAGCACAUUGUAGUGAAGUAUGUGCUCAUUGGUUAAUUGCAAAUAUGCUUGAGGCAGCAUAAAAUAAUCCAAGUGAAUAUAAGCCAUCUUUCAGCUCAAAUGGCCCUUAUUUCCUUGGUUAAGGCCACUCCUAAUGUAAGGGUAAUUCCAUAUUUUCUUGAUCUGUGUGGGUAAUAAAUCUUCCAAGCCUGUUUGUGACAGGCCACUGACUCCUUCACCUUUUUUAAAAACAAAAUUAUAGCUGGUGAGUGGAAAACAAUCUCCAGUAAUGGAAAGCAAGAGCAGGUUCUCUUUAUUAUAGGAAACACCUUUAGUUAAUGGUGUUAUUACACUGAGGUGAGUUUCUGAGUGUGCACUUUGGAGUAUAGUACUUAAGAACUGAAAUGCUUAACCUCUGCUGCACUUGGGUGUUCUUGGAUGUAGUGGAUGGAGGUGCAUAUGGGCAUUUUAGAACAUACAUGAAUAACUUCUGCAUUAUUGUUAACAACCUAACAUUUCAAUGCAACUCUCCUUAGAGAAUUGUAGAGUUUCAAACUGAGAAGGUGUAGAGAACUGUAAGUGUGUUGUAGUGGAUGUAUGGUCCUAGGUUUUCUUUCCCUUUUUCUUAGGAAGCUCUUUUCUGGUCACCAGACAUCUCUCACCAAAGAUUUCUUUUCCUCUCUCAUAGUCUUUACCUCUGGUGGUUGCAAAGGGGUUAACAUGAUGCAGAGUUGUCUUCCUGAGUUUGCAGAAACACUUAACAAAAUCACUUUCACGCAUCUCAGUGAAUUUUCAUGAUGCAAACACGAGUACCAGUGCACUGCUGGACCAGAAAGCUGUGUUUCUGCAGCUUUGAAACACUUGUGUGAUGCAGCUGUCUGCAGCAGUGGCACUGAUGGGCAGCCUCUUACAUUUUCUAGGCCAUCAAGAGACUUAGUGCCAGAGCUUUACCCAGUAGUGAAGUGUAGGUAUUUCUCUUCCAUCCCAUGUUAGCCCAUUUACUGUAACAAUACCAUUCUAUGAGGAAUACUCUAGUAAGAAUAGUGGAGGAAUAAGGGAACACUAUUCCAUUCUAUGAGAGAGGAUUAAAAUAGUUUUUUCUGUCAUGAACCCCCUUUUCUGCCAGAGUGUAAGUGGAGAAAUGAAGCCAGAUUUCAACCAUUGUGCUCAAGACACUCAAAUGACCCCACAGAUGUGAGGGGUUUGGUACUGAUGAGCUUUCCCUUUCCAUGCUGUUCAGUCCUAGUUUCACUUGAUCCCAGCUCAUCCACUUGUAUCCUCUAGCAGGCUAAAGAGUCCCAAAGAGCUUUGCAGUUUCUCUGCAGGCUGGGGUAAAGGUGGCCUGUAAGCUGUAGCUUAAAGGUAUGCAGAGCAUUCACAACUGGGGCAUGAGGCCAGGGAGCCAUUACUUUGCAUUUAUUCCUCAUCUUUGUAUUGAGCUGUAUGGUAAAACAACCCCAUCCCCAUGCCAGGUGAUGUUUUACUGCAGUGAGCAGUACCACAAAGUGCUCUCAUAGCUGGUGUAAUUAACAUAAUUAGAGGAGAUAAUGAUUAAAUGCAGCUUUUGUGUAACAUUUCCUUUUUCCCCACAAAAAUGUUUCAGUGAAAUCAAACCAGACCAUUUGGUUCCAUUCAGUUCUGCCUUUGUGUCAGUUAUUCUUUGGCUUUGUGGAUUAGAUGGAGGAUGUGACUAGAUCUUUUCUGCUAAGUGAACAAAGCUCUGGUUUGCUGUUAGUCUUAAUCCCUUUGCAACCUCCAUUUGUUUUCUAUUUUGCCCCUGUAAUAUGGAUAAACUAAAUGAGUUUUACCUGGAUUAUUCCAUGUGCAUUAACAGCUGUGCACUCGGUAGGUUUGGGUUGUGAUUCAGGGAUGAGGCAGACUAUGUUGAAUGGCUUCUGUAUCUGUGUAGUGUUUAUACAGUUAAACUUUUCCUUCUGGUGAAACAACAGGAGGAGCAGAAUGGUUUACUUUGAUCUCAGUGCUUUAAGAUUUAAUAAAAGAGAAUGACUUGCAGUUUGAGGAAACAAAAUCUGACUCAUAACGUGGGAUUUAUGCCUGUAGUGAAUCAAAUCCACACACAGGACUCCAUCCCUUUUUGUUCAGCUCCAAACUGUUUAAUGUAGUUUGAAUUGCAUCUCCUUCACUCUGUCAGUUAAGAUAAGCCUUUUGGAAACUUUUCCUCAUCCAGUGGCUCAGCACAAGAAAGUUGGCAAAGGAUAAGCUUGAUCAAUGUAACGAUUUGCAGAGCAUAGUCACCUUAUGAAGCUGAUCAUUUUCUGUGGCUCUGUUUCCUUUCUUUCUUUCUCCCAAAGAUCUCUUUAAGUUUGCAGAAGGUGGGCUGGUACCUUUUUAGACAUUUUUGCACUGUAUUAAUAAUUGAACCUUGUAAAUGUGUAUAAAAUCAUUUUGCAUGUAUAUAUGUACAUAGACCUAAUAAAUGGCUUUUUUCUUU